UCCUGGGCCUUCCGACACGCCGGGCGGGAAGAUGUCAUCAUUGCCAAGAAGAGCAAAAUUAAAAGUCCAGACUGCAAUAUCCAGAGAUGAAUUUUCUUCCUAUUCUGAUUUAUCAUCUGCCUCUGAGGAAGAUGACAAGGAAGAUAGUGUCUGGGAGCCGCAAAAGCAAGUUCCCAAAAGCCGUAAGCAGCCUAUUCCCAAGGAAUCCAAGCCAAAGAGGAUGCCUCGGGUGAAGAAAACCCUGCAGAUCAAUGAUGGCUCAGGAGUUGUAGCUGUUAAGGAGGAACUGAAUAGCUCUGUGGCAAUUGCUGAUGUCAAUUUGGAAGACGUAAAAAAUGAAUUAGAUACAAUGCAGACUCUGAAAACAGCAAAGACAAAACGGAGAAAUUCAGCUCAGUCACCUCCUGCUCAGAGGACCAAAAAGCUGAAAGUUGAUGAAGAAACCAGCAAAGCCUGCAGUUUAGAGAUUGGGAGGAACAGUACAGAGACACCAUCCACAAGUACCAUGUGGGAAGAUACAUGCAAGAAGGAAGAGAAUGAAGAUGACUUUACAUUUGGUCAGUCCCCUUUAAAGAAAAUGAAGACUGUAACAUGUCCUCAGGGGCAGCCUGUUAAAUUUUUGGCAAAUGUCAACAAUAUUAAAGAGGAGGUGGAAAUGAACUGGGACAUAGUGCAGGUUUUAUCUGAGAGAACUAAUAUUGAACUUUGGGUUUGUGCCAAUGUCAUUCGUCUCUUUAAUGAUGACAACACAAUUCCCUUCAUUAUACGUUAUCGAAAGGAGCUCAUUAAUAACCUUGAUGCUGAUUCCUUGAGAGAAGUUCGACAAACUCUAGAGGAGUUGCGGGCUGUUGCAAAGAAGGUUCAUAGUACCAUCCAGAAAAUUAAGAAGGAGGGAAAGAUGUCUGAGUGUUUGUUAAAAGCCUUGCUGAACUGCAAAACUUUUGAAGAACUAGAGCAUGUGUCAGCCCCAUAUAAAACUGGGAACAAAGGCACCAAAGCCCAGAGAGCAAAACAGUUGGGAUUAGAAGUAGCAGCCAGGACACUGCUUGAGAAUCCAGGGGCGCUCAAUCUGCUUUCUUAUAUUAGACCUGAUGUGAAAGGGCUUUCAGUGCUACAGGAUAUUGAAACAGGAGUGCAGCAUAUUUUAGCAGAUAUGAUUGCUAAAGACAAAGACACACUUGACUUCAUUCGGAAAUUGUGCCAAAAUAGAUACAUAUGUAUCCAGUCAUCUCUUGCAAAAGUAUCCUCCAAAAAGGUAAAUGAGAAAGAUGUUGAUAAGUUUCUGCUCUACCAGAAUUUUUCAUGCAACAUAAGAAACAUCCAACAUCAUCAGAUUCUGGCAAUGAACCGUGGAGAAAAUUUGAAGAUACUGACAGUCAAGGUCAACAUAUCUGAUGGAGUGAAGAAUGAAUUCUGUAGAUGGUGUAUCCAAAACAGGUGGAGACCACGUAGCUUUGCAAGGCCAGAGCUAAUGAAGAUCUUACACAAUUCACUGGAUGAUUCUUUUAAACGCCUUAUUUAUCCUCUUCUCUGUAGAGAGUUCAGAGCCAAACUAACAUCAGAUGCAGAGAAGGAAUCAGUAAUGAUGUUUGGACGGAACCUUCGUCAGCUACUUUUAACAAGCCCUGUACCAGGGCGUGCCUUGAUGGGAGUGGAUCCUGGUUACAAACAUGGUUGCAAAUUAGCUAUAAUUUCUCCUACCAGUCACAUACUUCAUACUGAUGUUGUCUACUUGCAUUGUGGACAAGGCUUCCGAGAGGCAGAGAAAAUAAAGAGGCUUUUGCUGAAUUUCAACUGCAGCACUGUGGUUAUCGGAAAUGGAACUGCCUGCCGGGAAACAGAAGCUUACUUUGCUGACCUAAUAAUGCAAAAUUACUUUGCACCACUGGAUGUUGUUUACUGUAUAGUCAGUGAAGCAGGAGCAUCAAUCUACAGUGUCAGCCCUGAAGCCAACAAAGAGAUGCCAGGGCUGGACCCUAAUUUGAGAAGUGCAGUUUCCAUAGCAAGACGUGUACAAGAUCCAUUAGCUGAGCUAGUGAAAAUUGAGCCGAAGCAUAUUGGAGUUGGAAUGUAUCAGCAUGAUGUAUCCCAGACUUUACUUAAGGCAACACUGGACAGUGUUGUAGAAGAAUGUGUCAGUUUUGUGGGAGUGGAUAUUAACAUCUGCUCAGAAGUUUUGUUAAGGCACAUUGCAGGACUCAAUGCCAACCGAGCCAAAAAUAUUAUUGAAUGGCGAGAGAAAAAUGGGCCCUUUGUCAACCGAGAACAGCUGAAGAAAGUGAAAGGACUUGGUCCAAAAUCCUUCCAACAAUGUGCUGGCUUCAUCAGAAUCAACCAGGAUUAUAUUAGAACAUUUUGCAGGCAGCAAACUGAAUCUGCAGGCCAAAUUCAGGGAGUUGCUGUGACAUCUUCAGCAGGUAUUGAGGUAACAAAUGAGAAGCAGGGCAAGAAGAAGAACAAAACAGCAGUGAAUGUUGUGUUGAAGCCAAAUCCUUUGGACCAAACUUGUAUUCAUCCGGAAUCAUAUGAAAUAGCAAUGAGGUUUUUAUUAUUCAUUGGAGGGACACUGCAUGAGAUUGGAAAGCCUGAAAUGCAACAAAAAAUAAAUUCCUUUCUUGAAAAGGAAGGAAUAGAGAAAAUUGCAGAAAGAUUGCAAACAACGGUACAUACACUACAGGUCAUCAUCGAUGGUCUCAGCCAGCCUGAAAGCUUUGACUUUAGAACAGAUUUUGAUAAACCUGAUUUCAAGAGAAGCAUAGUCUGCCUAGAAGAUCUGCAGGUUGGGACUGUUCUUACAGGUAAAGUGGAAAAUGCCACUCUGUUUGGCAUUUUUGUGGAUAUAGGUGUGGGGAAGUCAGGGCUGAUUCCCAUACGAAAUGUAACUGAAGCAAAACUUUCUAAAACGAAGAAAAGAAGGAGUCUUGGACUGGGCCCUGGAGAAAGAGUGGAAGUCAAAGUACUCAACAUUGACAUCCCCCGAUCUAGGAUUACUCUGGAUCUCAUCCGGGUAUUGUGAGCAUCCCACCAAAGUUCAAACACUGAUUUUUAUUUCCUCAUUUCUACAUAUUGGCAAAGAUAAUUCAGAUGUUUGUGAAUUCUGUGUAGCAGAUGAGAAACAUUUCCCUUCAUAUCAGACUAUUUCAAAACAAUUUCUUUUUCCUCCUGAAUAAAUAGAAAACUAACAGUUUGGUUUCUUUUUUCCAUUAAGAAAAAACCUAAUAGAUAUCCUUAUGUGGCUUCAUGUAGUGAUGAGUUUCUGAUCAAAAUUUUAUUUUUUGUAAUUUAUCUUUGGGUGUUUUUGCAUUUUGUGUAACAGAUUGCUUCACUUCUACUUGCCAACAACUUGAUGACUUGUAUGACUUUGUCUUCUUGAUUUGAAUUGUACACUUUCUUGACAGUAUAGGGCUGGCAAUGUUUAAUCCUCCCAUUGGAUAGACUUUUUUUUAUCAGAACUUUUGGACUUGCUUCAUGAUUUUGCAAUAAUCUUUAUUUUCCCUUGUCACCCAAAUCAAAAACAUACCAUUAACACAGAUCUUGAUUUGUUUGUAACUAUCAAAUGAAUGGCUCAAAACAUUCCUCAGAAGGACAUGUAUAUUGAUCCCUACAAUAAAAUUUGCGUCCAGUGAA